AGGAGCCGCGGCGCUGCGCACUGGAAGGACGCACACCUCUAUUGCACCUUCCUCCACUCAGGGAAACACCGGUGCGAGUUUGGUCACACUGAGUGAGUCCGGCUUCACACAGUUAUUGUUUACAGGAGGACUACCGCCCGUUCAGAUCAGCAGCACCCUGAAGGAAGCUCUAAUGCAGCUGCAGCCUGUUGAUCAGCGCUGGAGCCCGAGGAGCGGCGAACCGGAGGAAGUGCCACUGUGUUAAAUUCCUGAUGGAUCCAGAAACUUCAAAAACCUCCUCCAUCCUGGAGCUACUCCAUGUGAGACCAGUAGAGGUGUGGGUGUCCAUUACACCCAACUGACACAUCAUCUCUGCCUCAGCACAGGUCAGUAAUAUGUCAGUGAUACUGUGCAUGAUGAGCUGUGCUGAACUGUCCUGUCCUGUAGAUUGUUAUAGCAUUCAUAGGUGUUCUACAGUCUCUUACUGUGUAAUGUGUGCCCAAUAGGAAAGUAGCUACAGAAGGACUCAUGGCAUUAGGGGGGCAUAAACACUUGCACUGCAUGAUUAGAAUAUUUUGAAUUUAGCUGCUUAUAACGCAUGUCUUUUCUUUGCCCCAGGAAAAAGAAGUCUAACUUUUGUGACAGGAGAUGAACACAGUCAUUUUAGUCAUCUUUUUCAGGACAAAUAUAUGUAUUGCUAACUGAACAAUUAGUUUCCUGUUUCGUGAACCAGAAGGUUAUUAAUAUUAAUGGCUCUUUUGUAUGUGCAUUCGGUACACAAUGCCACAGCCUGCUGCCAGCAUGCUGGUGUCAUGUGCACGGCUGAAUUGGAAACGUGUGAUUCCUGUCUGUCACUGUUGAAUGAAGUGAAGGAGGGAGUGGAUGAGAUGAGAAAAAAAAUGUUCCUGGGUCCAUUCCUGAAGGAUUAGGGAUGAAAAUGUGGCCUUGUAUGCUGUAUGUGAGCUCUGAAACCAAACAGGAACAAAUCAGGCUUACCAUUUUUGUGCUGUAACAGAUUUUUCCAGUCUUCCUCUCGUUUAAGGCUCAAGGAUCAACCUACUUAACUCGAUGUUUCCGAAUGUCCCUUUAUAUCCUGGCUUUGUUGUAAGUUCACCCACCGUGGACUGGAUACUGCAGAUAUUUCUGACUGAAUUUAUGUCAUUUUAAAAAGAAAUCUCUCGUCCUGUGUCUAGAUGCCGAGGGGAGGCAAUAUGCAGUUGACCUGCAGGAAAGCAAGGCUGCUCUGUGUGGUGAUAAUGUUCAACAUCUGUAUUUGUGUCCUGAUGAGUGUGAAAUGGAACCGAAGACGUCACGAUAAGGAUCCCCGGAAGGUGCGAAUUCCAUCCGAGAGGUUUUGGCGCCCACAGAUAGCGAGUGAAUCGUUCUGGAACAAGGAGCAGCAGCGCCUGGACUUCCUUUACAACCCCAUCAUCAACUCUGCACUAUCGGACGACUCCCUCGUUGUGCUUCCAGAUUGGUUGAAUGACACCGGACCACUCAACCCCUGUGAUCCUGACUACAGAGUCUUCACCCAAAUCUCGGACUACAACUCCUUGCCGCAGCGCUUCCAUGACUUUCUUUUGCACAUGCGCUGCAGAACAUACCCCAUGCUAAUAAACCAACCCCAUGUUUGUGAUGAAAGUCCCUUCUUGCUAGUGGUAGUCAAGUCACUGAUCCCACAUUUUGAUCGUCGGCAGGCCAUUCGUGAAACAUGGGGAAGAGCUGGCGUCUUCGCCAAUCGGACCGUGGUGACGGUGUUCCUGCUGGGCAACACCUCGCCGUUAGACAACUUUCCAGACCUGCUGGGGAUGCUGGGACAUGAGGCGAAGCUUCACAAUGACUUGCUCCAGUGGGACUACAGAGAUUCUUUCUUCAACCUCACCCUGAAGGAGGUCCUCUUUCUCGAAUGGUUCAGUAAACACUGCCCUCUAGCUCAGUAUGUUCUCAAGGGCGACGAUGACGUGUUUGUAAACACCUUACAAGUUAUUGACCUUCUGGAAGGCUUGUCAGACAACAAGGCUAAGGAUUUGUUCAUAGGCGAUGUUAUCAGUAAUGCAGGUCCACACAGAAACGAGAAUCUGAAGUACUUUAUCCCAGAGAGUGUGUUUGUGGGCCAGUACCCGCCUUAUGCUGGUGGUGGAGGAUAUCUGUUGUCUGGAGAGUUAGCAAUACGCCUUUACAAUGCAUCUCAGCAGGUAGUCUUGUUUCCCAUUGAUGAUGUCUACACAGGGAUGUGUCUGAGGAAGCUGGGUCUGGCUCCUACGAAACACAGCGGCUUCAAGACUUUUGACAUUGAUAUAAAGUACAGGUCCACCCCCUGCAUCUACAGGAACUUGGUGCUGGUUCAUAGCCGGAAGCCACAGGAGAUUAUAGAAAUCUGGCCGUGGAUUGUCAACCCUGAGCUGGACUGCCAGUGAACUCUGUAAUUUUCCAUGAUUUGUUCCUACUGUUGAUCUUUGUUCAUUUUUAAGCAACUUUCGUCUCUUUAAAACAGUGCUUUCAGUUUGACUUUAUUUGUCUA